GCCUUGAAGUCUCCUCCCUUGAGGUCAAAAGCACCGGUAGCGACAUAAGUUUGUGAUAGUUGAGUGGAGACAAUACUUCAGAGCUCUUGUGGAACCCAAAGGAAAAAAAACCACAACACUGCCGACAUGUCUUACUCCUACCCAAAAAAGUUCAUCCCGUCUUCCACCUCAAGUACUCAGGUGAAGACGUCCCGGCUGAAGGACAACAGCUGGAUCCGCAAGGAUGAAGAGGAGGAUGAAGACAUUGAUCGAGAUCCUAACUUUGGAAAGACUAUUCUGGGCCACGUUUCCACUGUGACCAGUGACAGCAAAGUGCCUGAAAAGACAACUGACAGCAAAGGCACAAGUUAUGUUCAGUCUCUAACCAAGAGCAAUGUGCCUGAAAACACAACUGACACCAAAGGCACAAGUUACGUUCAGUCUCUAACCAAGAGAUUUAGUGCCAGUCAGGAGGAACUGGACAAGAUAGGCAGGAUGACCACUAACAGGACCAACACUAACAAAAGGAGUACCCUGCCAUCCCCGAGAUCCUCCCUCUCAAGCACUUCCAGCCUCACAGAAAGUCCUAAGACAAGUAGCACUACAAGCACCACCGUUAGUGAGAACGGCAAGAAGACCGAGACAACCACUACUACAUCCACCAGGUCCGGGACUUUCACAGAUCGUGUCUUCUCUGAUGGCAAGAGCUCACUCAAGGGGGCCCCAUACUCUCCCUUGUCGCCAUCGUCCACCAAGGUGACUGAGACGACAAUAACCAGCAUUAAAGGGGCUGAAGACCCGUACCUUGAUACCCCAACCUUUAAAAGCAAGCCUGGGGCAGUCAAAUCUGGCACUGAGGGGAAUACCUAUAGUACGACCAAAACAAGGACUUCCUCAAGUGCCGAGGACAAACUGUUUGACAGCCUAAUACCUUCAAUCAAGUCUGACCCCAACUCCUCUGUGAGCACCACUGUAACCACAACCUCUGUUGUGAAAGUGGAAAGCCUCAAUGAAGAUAUUUUUCCUGCUACCCCCACAACAAACAGCUACUCCUCCAGUGAGGACCAGUUGUAUGACACCCUGCUGCCCAAAUCCAUCACUUGCCUCUCUCCGUCUAGCAGCACUACAAGUAUCACAAGGAGAGAAGUGAAAACUGUGGAGAGCUCCCUCAGUGACAAAUACAGCAGCUACAGCCCGACUGUCAGCAGCAGCGAGCCAGACUUCAGUGACAAAUACAGCAGCACCAGCCGGACAUACUCCAGCAGCGGACUAGACCCCAGUGAUAAAUACAGCAGCACCACCAGGACCUACUCCAGCAGCGGAUUAGACUCCAGUGAUAAAUACAGCAGCACCAGCAGGACCUACUCCAGCAGCGGACUAGACAGUGAUAAAUACAACAGCACCAGCAGGACGUACUCCAGCAGUGGACCAGACUCCAGUUAUGAGUACACCACUAUCAACAGCCCCUCAGUCUACACCACCACCUCCACAACAUACAAGGACAGCAGGAUGGAUGACUACUUGGAUGGGGACUCCUUCUCUUCUAAAUCCAACAUCCAGACUUUGUAUUCAGCUUCUGAGAGAACCGUGAUGGAGAAGGAUCUGUGCUCCUACUGCCGAAAGCCCUUCAACACUGAGGCUAAGAUGGUCCUCGACGACAUGAAGAUCAACUGUCACGCAUCCUGCUUCAAGUGUGAGGUGUGCAGCAACAACCUUGGAAACCUGAAGGCCGGGGACAGCCUCUGGAUCUACAGGCGCACAGUGCACUGUGACCGAUGCUUCGAGGUCACCAGAGAAAAAUGGCGGCGUUGACCAUCAGACCUUCUGUGAAGACCUUACAUAGAUAAUAGGCUAAUGAUGUAACUUCAGUUUAGGUACUGUAUGCUCAAGGGUGAAAUGGGUUAUCUUAUACAUAUGGAUGUGGCACAUAGACAUGUUAUAGUCAAAAGGUUGGGUGCUAUUAAAAGAUUAAAAGUGUAUAGAUAGUCUAUCAGCAGUUAUGAUGAGGGUUUGACUCAUUAUUUUAUCUUUUUAAAGACAUACUGGUCUUUAAUGACAUCACUACCUGUUUUUGUUUGUAUCUGUGUAUUAAUCUACUUUUUUUGGGCCGGGGGCUUAUUAGUACGUGCAAUAAAGGUAUUAACCUUAAUAUUGAAUAUCAAUAAAAUACAUAUAAAUACGCAA